AUGACUGCGAACACGAGAAACAUUGUCAUUCUGGGUGGCUCAUACGCAGGUCUAAGCGCAGCACAUUACUUUCUCAAGCACAUUCAUCCUUCGCUUCCCAAAUCUUUUGAGGACUAUCAUGUGUAUCUUGUCGAUCCAUCGACACACUUCUAUCAUCGAGUUGCCGCGCCUCGCGCUUCUGUCUCCUUCGAUCUGAUGCCCACCACGAAAAUAUUCUACGACAUCUCCAAUAACUUCAAAGGGUACAAACCAGAAGACUUCACGUUCCUCCGAGGAAAGGCGACAGGCAUGGAUACCACUCGAUGUACUGUCACAAUCCAACAUACUGGACUCGACAAAUGCAAAGAAACCGAGCUGCCGUAUCAUGCACUGAUCCUAGCAACUGGAACCAAGGCUCACCUAACGAUAUUGUCUCUCCAAGGUGGAGGUCAUGAAGAAGUCAUAGAGGCCUUUUCAGAUCUUCAUGACAAGCUGGCACACGCCAAAUCCAUCAUUGUCGCUGGAGGUGGACCAAGUGGAGUUGAGCUUGUCGGAGAGAUUGGCGAGUUCAUCAACGGUACUACGAAAUGGUUCAAGAAGAAGUCAACAAGGCCGAGAACGCAAGUCAUCUUGCUUUGUGGAUCGAAGAAGCUGCUUCCUGUGCUACGUCCAGCACUCGCUAAACAGGCCGAGGCUUACUUGGCACGCGUUGGUGUCAGUGUGAAGUACAGCUCCAGGAUAGAGUCAACAGAGAAACUGGGAAAUGGACACACCAAAUUGAACCUUGGGAAUGGGGAAACUCUCGUAUCCGACCUUUAUCUUGCAGCAACCGGUGUAACGCCCAUGACCGAAUACAUCCCUUACGAGCUUCUCGACGACCGAGGCUAUGUCAAGACCAACCAAGAGACCCUUCGCGUAGACGAGGCAGGACUUCGUGUUUAUGCCAUCGGAGACGUCGGUAAUUACAGCCGUGGCGGAAUCAUGGACAUCUAUGAGGCGAUCCCUGUUCUCAUGACCAAUCUACAGCGCGACCUUCUCGCUACGCACGAGGACGUCAACGCCAAACCGACUGGAGAUGACCGCGAAUACAAGAAGAACACAUCGGAAACACAGCUUGUACCAAUAGGCCGGUCGAAAGGCGUAGGCGCUUUCAAUGGUAACAGGUUGCCAACUCUUAUGGUGCAUAUGAUCAAGGGCAGGGACUAUCUGUCUAGUGCGGCGGUGGAAAUCGUGACAGGAACCAAGUGGCAUAAGCAAUCUGGAUGGAAGCCAACAGAUGGUUGCUUGGCCGGCAGCGAGGGUGAAGAGGAGAUGCUGAUUGCCGGAACAGACCGAGCCAACAGAUGA